UAUUCAUACGUCUGGACCUUGGGCUGACGAAACUGAAAAAGAUAUCGUUCGUCAUCAGAACAAAUAUCAACCAUCACAAUUUGACGCUAUCCUGAUACAAAUCAAUAAUGUUUCUCAACAGCUUGCUGAUAUUUAUAACAAUCUCGCUUUUACUCUUACCAGAAUCAAUAUGAUUGAAGCGUCAGCUUUUGCUCACAAAACUGAUACUCUUCUUACCUCAUGUCAACUGGCUACCUUGGAAAAGCAUAAAUUAAAAUCUAAACAAGCUUUGAAUUUCUAUUGGGAUUUGAUCCAAGGAUGCAUUAUUAAAGCUACUGAAAAUCUCAAAAACUUGAAAAGCUUUCUAAGAAAGCAUUUAUAUCCAAUCACAUUCCUAUGUAAUGAUCCAAUAUUUAUGACAAAACAGUUAAAAUUGCAAUCUCUUAUUUCCACUUUAACUGUCAUAGCCAAAACAGAAGAAGAAGAACACAAAUCUAAAUCUAUUAGACUUGCACUUGAACAACACUGCAACAACUUCUUAACGAAUCAGACUAAA